CGUUGAUGGCGGAAGAGAAGAGAAUAGAAGAACUAUCUUUCCCAAUUUUAUUAACGGAGCAAAUACGCAAGGCUGUGGAGGAAGCUGAGUCCUGCAAGGUGGAGUGCUCCGACGUGGGGAAACAGGUGGAGCGUCUCUCUCAAAUGCUCCAGUUCGCCGUCCAAUUCGCCACCUCCACUCCUUCCCUCUACGACCGCCUUGUGCGCUGCAUCUUCUCCAACGUCACUAAGAACCUAGAGCGUGCCCUAACACUGGUCUGCAAGUGUAAGCACAGUGGCCUCCUUAGCUGCGCUGUCACAAUCACCAGCGUCACUGACUUCCGCAAGUCCAUCAACCUGCUGGACGCCUCCAUCGACGACAUGAAGUGGCUACUUAGCAUCUUCGACUCUGUUACCUUCGGAGGCAUCGAGGUCUCCCUCCCGCCCAUCGCUAAUAACGACCCAAUCCUCCCUUGGGUCUGGUCCUUCAUGGCUUUUAUCCAAAUGGGUCCCUUGCCUGAUCAGGUCGAGGCUGCAAACCAGCUAGCCCUUCUCGCCAUCGACAACUACCGGAACAAGAAGAUCAUCGUUGAGGAGGGCGGCGUUCCUCCACUCCUGAAGCUCUUGAAGGAAGGUGCCUCUCCCAAUGCCCAAAUUGCAGCUGCUACUGCCUUGCUCAACCUCGCCACCGACCAGGAAAGGAUUCGCAUCAUCGCCAGAGAGCUUGGGAUUCCGGUAAUAGUGCAGGUUCUCUUCGAUUCAUCCAUGAGGGUUCAGAGUGGUGUUGCCAAUUUAUGA